UUACAUCACGGCUGUGACCUGUGACUGGUUUCUUAACCUGAAUACUCAUUAACUUUAAAUAGAUUAAUAUCUCGGUCCGCGGAGCAGAGCGAUAUUUAUUUCUACCAGAUUCUUUCGUUUCAUGCAGAAACGCAUCAAAGCUUAAAUUUAUUGAUUUUUGAAGUGCGUGGGAUAAAUUGAAGAAUAAUUAUCGUAAAAUCAAAUUAAUGUUCCAAGAUACCAGAAAGAUUCGAGUGCCUAGGCGAUGCGUUCUGGUGCGAGUGCAUUCUGGUUUACGGUUAUCACUUUAGUUAAUGUGUAAUUGAAUUAAUCUAACCCUACAUUCCUAUAUACAAAAAUUUGUAACUAUAUUGAAGAUGAAAAUGAAUUUGGCAUAUUGUACAACGAUAUUGAUUUCUUUUUUAAUGUCGUGUCAUAUGUGGGAGGUAGCGGAUAACUUUGUGAAAACUGAACACUCCAAUAAUUGGGCUGUUUUGGUCGAUACAUCGCGUUUCUGGUUCAACUAUCGACAUGUUGCUAAUGUUUUAUCUAUUUACCGAAGUGUCAAACGUUUAGGAAUACCAGAUUCGCAAAUCAUUCUGAUGAUAGCCGACGAUAUGGCGUGCAAUCCUAGGAAUCCUAGACCAGCGACUGUUUUUAACAACAUUAAACAACAUAUUAACGUUUAUGGCGAUGAUGUAGAAGUCGACUAUAGAGGUUAUGAAGUAACUGUAGAAAAUUUUGUAAGGCUAUUGACUGGACGCUUAGCUCAGGGAACCCCAAGAUCGAAAAAGUUAUUAACAGACGAAGGUUCAAAUAUUUUAAUUUAUUUAACUGGCCAUGGUGGUAAUGGAUUUUUAAAAUUUCAAGAUUCUGAAGAAAUCACUAGUCAAGAAUUAGGUGAUGCAUUAGAACAAAUGUGGCAAAAACGGAGAUACCACGAAAUUUUAUUUGUAGUUGACACUUGUCAAGCGAGUUCCAUGUACGAGAAAUUUUAUUCUCCAAACAUAUUAGCAGUUGCUUCUAGUUUAGUAGGAGAAGAUUCACUUUCUCAUCAUGUAGAUCCAGCCAUUGGUGUUUACAUUAUAGAUCGAUACACUUAUUAUGCAUUAAAUUUUUUGGAAAAAGUAGAACCAUCUAGCAGUAAAACAUUAGGUGAAUUUUUGAAAGUAUGUCCGAGAGAUUAUUGUCUAUCAACAGUGGGUGUAAGAAGAGAUUUGUUUAGAAGGGAUCCAGAUAAAGUACCAGUAACAGAUUUUUUUGGUUCACUUAGGCCUGUAGAACUUACGACAAACAUAAUGAAUAUUUUACCUCUUAAAUCUAAUUGUACAAAAACUCAGGAAUUUGAAAAAAAAUAUAAUUAUGUUGCACAGUUUCCAGAAAUAAUAUCUCAAUAUACGUAAGUAAAAGCAAUAAAUGGGAUACUUUUUAUAAUACAU